AAUCAGUUGUUGAGAAGAUUACGUAGCUAAAGAAGAUAACACAUUCUCUCACCAACGAGACUCACGAGCUACGAGUCACUCACACACAAGAACCAAUCGGUCAAAAACAACACACUAAUAAUAUCUUCUUUGAUUACUUCAACCGGUCAAUAUCACCUAAAAGUCAAAUUCUUGAUCCCACAAAAGAAUCAUAUUCUUCACUAGUUGUGUUUCCUUUCCGAUCAUAAUUCGAACCCUUCAAGAUCGUCUUCUUCUUCUUCUUUCUUCUCUCCAUCUCUCUGUUUCUCUCUGUUUCUGAGAUGGGUUUGUUUGGAACGAAGAAGAUUGGCAAGUAUGAGAUAGGAAGAACAAUCGGGGAAGGGAAUUUUGCAAAAGUGAAACUUGGUUACGACACAACCAAUGGUACUUACGUAGCUGUCAAAAUCAUAGACAAGGGUUUGGUUAUUCAAAAGGGUCUAGAGUCUCAAGUCAAGAGAGAGAUACGAACCAUGAAGCUUCUUAACCAUCCCAACAUCGUACAAAUACACGAGGUGAUUGGGACCAAGACAAAGAUCUGUAUUGUUAUGGAAUACGUUGCAGGAGGUCAGCUUUCAGACAGACUUGGAAGACAGAAAAUGAAAGAAUCAGAUGCUAGAAAACUUUUCCAACAAUUGAUUGAUGCUGUUGAUUAUUGUCAUAACAGAGGAGUUUAUCAUAGAGAUCUUAAGCCACAAAAUUUGUUACUAGAUUCAAAGGGUAAUCUCAAAGUUUCUGACUUUGGAUUAAGUGCAGUUCCUAAAUCAGGGGAUAUGCUCUCUACAGCUUGUGGCUCUCCAUGUUAUAUAGCACCAGAGCUGAUUAUGAACAAAGGCUACUCAGGAGCAGCAGUAGAUGUAUGGUCUUGUGGAGUGAUUCUAUUUGAAUUACUUGCUGGUUAUCCACCUUUCGACGAUCAUACGCUUCCGGUUUUGUAUAAGAAGAUACUCAGAGCAGAUUACAAGUUCCCACCUGGAUUCAGCAAAGAGCAGAAGAGGCUAAUCUUUAACAUUCUUGACCCAAAUCCUCUGAGGCGUAUGACAAUAGCUGAGAUAAUCAUCCAAGAUUCUUGGUUCAAGAUAGAUUAUGCACCAGCUUAUCACCAAGUUUCAGACUCAAUCAAGGAAAAUGUCGCGGAGAUAAAUGCAGCAACCGCGUCUUCAAACUUCAUAAAUGCUUUUCAGAUAAUAGCAAUGUCUAGUGAUCUAGAUUUGUCAGGUCUUUUCGAAGAAAAUGAUGAUAAAAGAUAUAAAACAAGAAUUGGAUCCAAGAACACAGCACAAGAAACAAUCAAGAAGAUUGAAGCUGCAGCAACUGAUGUUAGUUUAUCAGUUGAAAGAAUAAAGCACUACAAGGUUAAGAUUCAGCCAAAAGAGAUAAGAUCAAGAUCAUCUUAUGACUUGUUAUCGGCAGAGGUGAUAGAGGUGACUCCAACCAAUUGUGUUAUAGAAAUAUCGAAAUCUGCAGGCGAGUUAAGACUAUACAUGGAGUUUUGCCAGAGCUUAUCGAGCUUACUUACAGCGGAAGUAAGCUAAGAGUGCCAUAGAUUAUCAAGUAAAUGAUGAACAGAGGACGCAAAUUAAGCUUAUUUUUGCAGAUUCCAGUUGCAGUGAAAAGAAGACAAUGAAGAGAAGAGAUCCAGUUUUUAGUUAGAACAAAUAAAAUAACAAAAUUGCA